CUUCCUAUUUUCCCUCAUCCACCCAACUCCCAAUUGAGAUAUAAAGUAACAUAAGUAAAAAAAAAAUGGAAGCCUUUUUUUCAAAGAUCCUUCUAAUAAUUUUUGCCUUUAGUUUCAUCACACAUUCUAUCCAAGCAAAUGAAGGACCAUACCAACAAUCCAACACAUUAUUCAUUAAAAACUCUUGUAGUUCAACAACUUACCCAAGACUAUGCUACACCUCCCUAGUGAAGCAUGCCGAUUUCAUUCAAACUAAUCAUGUGCUUUUAACGGGCACAGCCUUGAACGUGACUCUUGCAUCGGCAAAAUCAACCUCGGCUAUGAUGUCAACUCUCGCUAAAAGCCAAGGGCUAAAGCCAAGAGAGGCUGCAGCUAUGAAGGAUUGUGUCGAAGUGUUAAGUGACUCUGUUGAUGAACUUCGAAGGUCUAUCGACGAGAUGAGUCGUCUUAGUACUUCAAAUUUUGAGCUAACCAUGAGUGAUGUACAAACUUGGGUUAGUGCUGCUUUGACCGAUCAAAGUACUUGUACCGACGGAUUUCAAGAGGUUAAUGCAGAUGGAGAAAUUAAGACUGUAGUGAGAGGGAGAAUUGUUCAAAUAGCUCAAUUGACUAGCAAUGCUUUGGCUUUGGUAAAUAAACUUGCCACUUCACAUCCUUAAAGUAUUUCAAUUAAGGUACAUAGUUUUUGUAGCUUCAAAGUUGGAGCAUUAUUAAUGUAAUUGGUGUUGCAGUCUCAACUUAUGUAGAGUUAAGUUCGUGCACUUAAGUGUGUGUAUAAGAUUGUAAAUGUGAAGUAAUUAGUGAUUGAGAUUUAUGCCAAUAUACAAAACUUUUGUUCAUUAA